ACUUGGCACACCCCUGGAUCGGUCUUUACCCAGAUUCCACGGACACUUGCAGCAGUUUUGUCGCGAUGGAGUUCAGAGAGCUUGGGGCAGAAGAAAAUUCAGAGGGAGAUACAGAGGAUUUGGACAACGUGAAAGCUCUAACGGAGAAACUCAAAUUACAAACUCGCAGACCGUCAUAUUUUGAAUGGAAAGAAAGGUUGCAAAACCGACCGUGGACAGGAGAUGCACAGGGUUCAAAUAUAAACAUAGACAGCAAAGAGAAUAACCCUGAGCUGUCGGAGGUACUGAAGGAUGGCAUUACUUGUCCAACCGUUCGGAACAUUUGUGGCUUUGACACAAUUGAUGAUGCCCUUGAGUGGCUUAGAAAUGAACUGAGGGAAAUGCAGCUACAGGAUAACCGUCUGGCUCGACAGCUUAUCAGACUAAGAGGUGAGAUCCACCAGCUGAAAGUGGAGCAGGUAUGUCAUCGUCACAAAGAGAUGCUGGACGAUGCCACUUAUGAGCUAGAGGAAUGUGGUGAGGAGUCCGACCUUCUGUGCGACAUCCCUCUAAAGGCUGCCUUUGCCCUGUCCACACCACUCAAACACCUGGGACUCACCAAAAUGAACAUCAACUCCCGACGGUUCUCACUGUGCUAGAACAGAACAGGGAGGGGCGACGGCGGGCUGUUGUUCUCCAUCUCGUCUUGGCCUUUUCGUUUGUUCAAGACAGAGGAAACCAAGAGACAAGGAAGAGGAGAGAAGACUCCCCUGUCCUCUGUAAGGAGACAGAGACACUAGUCUAAACAGACAAGAAAAGAUGGAAAAAAUAACAAAAGAUGAGCUUGAAACAGAUGUGACACAAUGUUCAAAGCCCUCACAAGGGUGAUGCAUCAUGACAUAAAUUUUUUAAUUGUCUCUGCGUAUGUUGUGAGCAUCACAAACUACCAUGGCAUACCCAGAAAGCUCUGAUCACCUACUUUCUCGGUCUGAAUGAGUCCGGAGGAUUUUAUCCUCAUGAAUCUUUUUCUUCAACCUUGUAAGCUGUAUUUUGUUAACAAUAUGGUGUAUGUAAAACAUGUUUUUUGAUGAUGCGUCUUUUCCACUGCUUUAAUGGAAUGCAGCGUUGUUGUUUCAUAAAGACUUGCUGCUACAAAUUAAUAACGAAAGGACAUAUUUUU